AUGGAUGUCCUACAGAGAGAACAGAUGAAUGAUAAUGAAGAUGACAAGCACUGGCAUCACCAUGAAUCUUGGGGAAAGAGGACUGAGUCUGAAAUACUGGAUGGCUCAGGGCAAACUGAUCAAAAGUUUGGAGGAACAAAAACACUCAACAAAUACUGUGUGCAGCAGCUCAAAGAGUUUGAUGGAAAGAGCUUGGUCUCAGUUACUAAGGAUGGUCUGGAGCUACCCGAGGAUGAGGAGGAGAAGAAAAUGGAAGAGAGCAAGGCAAAAUUUGAUAACCUCUGCAAGCUCAUGAAAGAAAUCUUUGAUAAGAAGGUUGAGAAGGUGACAAUCUCCAAUAAGCCUGUGUCUUCACCCUACUGCAUUGUGACCAGCACCUACAGCAGGACAGCCAAUAUGGAGAGGAUCAUGAAAGCCCAGGCACUUCGGGACAACUCCACCAUGGCAGCCAAAAAGCAACUGGAGAUCAACCCCGACCACCUCAUUGUGGAGAUGCUGUGGCAGAAGACCCAGGCAGACAAGAACAACAAGGCAGUCAAGGACUUGGUGGUGCUGCCGUUUGAAAUUGAUCCUCUGUUUUAA